AUGACAAACCAUUGCCUGUCCGAGCAAGGUGUGAUCAGGACGGCUCUGCCCAACAUGGACCGGGAGACGCGGAACCAGUACGUUCUGGUGAUCCAGGCCAAAGACAUGGUGGGCCAGAUGGGGGGUCUGUCCGGGACCACCUCCGUCACCGUGACCCUCACCGACGUCAACGACAACCCGCCACGCUUCCCUCACAAGAAUUACCAGUACACGGUGGAGGAGUCGUUGCCGGUGCAGUCGGUCGUGGCUCGGAUCAAAGCCGUGGACGCAGACAUCGGCUCCAACGCUGAGAUGGACUACAGGAUCAUGGACGGGGACGGAGCGGGACAGUUCAACAUCACCACCGACGAAGAGACGCAGGACGGCCUCCUGCUGCUGCUGCGGCCGCUGGACUUUGAAACCAAGAGCAGCUUCUCGCUCCGGAUCGAAGCCACGAACCGCCACAUCGACACGUCCUUCCUGACCAUGGGCCCGUUCAGUGACACCACGUCGCUGAAGGUGACGGUGGAGGACGUGAACGAGCCCCCGAUGUUCCCCACCCCCCUCAGCCACAUGAUGGUGUCCGAGGACGCCAGGGUCGGAACCUCCAUCGGGACAGUGUCUGCGCACGACCCGGACAACGGCAACAACGCCAUCAGGUAUUCCAUCGACAGAAACACGGACCUAGAACGCUUCUUCAACGUGGACGCCCUCAGCGGAGUCAUCAGCACGGCCAAACCUCUGGACCGAGAGGCCAACUCUGUCCACAACCUCACCAUCUUCGCCAUCGAGAGCCAGGACCCCACCCAGAUCGGACGUGGCGUUGCCCUGGUUUCCGUCCUGGACAUAAACGACAAUGCUCCGGUCUUCGCCAUCGACUACGAGACGCUCCUGUGUGAGAACUCCAUGCCCGGACAGGUAAGCAGCCCGCCACCUCCGCCGUUCGCUUCUGUUCUGAGUCACACAGACCUCCUGUUGGGCCCCAAAGCAAUACUACACUUUCUUGUCUCGAAAGAAAGAUAA